AUGGAAUUCAAAGUCCUUUAAUAUUAACAAAAUUUUCUUGAAAGAUUGGAUUUAUUCGGUAUAGGAAUAAAUAUAAGGUUUAAUAAAUAAGCUAGUCACAAAACUAAAAUUGGUGGAUUAGUAACUGUUUGUUUACUUGGUAUUUUAGGAUAUCAAAUUAAGCUUAUUCUUGAUUAGCUUUAUGACUACACUCAUCCUUAUGUUCUUUAAGAAUAGAAAUUUACUGCAGAACCAUAACGUUAUAACCUAACUUCAGACAAAUUCAUCUUAACUUUUGGCUUACAAAAUUCUACUUCUCAGCAUUAUAUUGAUCCUACAGUUUAUAAUGCUACUCUUACGAUUAAAUAAACAAUAAAAACAAAAAAUGAAGCAACUGGGUAAUUCGUAGCUAGUACAAUAAUUAGAACAGUAAAAACAGAGCCAUGCAGGAUAGAUCAUUUCAAUAUUCCUGAAGUUAAUAACUAUUUUAUUUCAUUAAGCUACCAAAAUAUGUAUUGUAUUAGUAAAGAAGAAACGGAUUUAUAUUUUUAAGGAUAAUUCGAUGCUCAACACUAUUCAGCUUUUGAGCUUAAGGUAAGUUCUUGCACAGGUAGUAAUUGCAACCCUAAUAUGAAUCAACUUCUUCAAUAUUGUAGAUUAGCUAUUUAUUACGCUGAUUAUUCUGUUAUUCCUUCAGAUAAAGCAAAACCUUUCUAACCUCUUGGAAAGCAAUCAUUUUGGGUUUCUGGACCAGAUUUUACAAAAGUAACAACUGUUAGUUUUAGGAACACCUACUUGAAUUCUGAUUAUGGUUUAGUGGGAACUGAUAUAUAGACAACGAAUGCGUUGACACUCAGCAGUGAAAGAGAAUAAGUUACACCUAAAACAGGAAAUCUUCUCUUUGAUUGUUAUAUUUAAUUGGAUAGAAAUGUAGAUAAUGUAUACAACAGAUCUUAUCAAAAGCUUGAUAAAUCAUUAUCUUAGCUUGGUGGUAUAUUUAAUAUACUUUUUACAGUGGGAGCUUUAAUUUGCAGGCCUUUAUCACAAAUAGAAUUAGAUUUAAAACUAAUAAAUAGAUUAUUUAAUUUUGAAGAGCCUACCAAUGAAUCAGAUAAGAAAAAAUAGGAUUAAAAUAAAAGCUCAUAAGAAAAUGAUAAGAAAGAAGAAAUGUAUACCCAAGCAGCUGAUUAAAUUUUGAUUACAAAAGAAGAUCAAUAAAAAACGUCAUUCAAAUUUGAAUUAUAGAAAUCAAUAAAUUAAAAGUCCCAAGGUUCUUCUGAGUAAAAAAGCAAUGGAGAGGAAUAAAAUAUUUAAUAAAGUAGAAUUUUAUAAAAAUUUGAAAGAGUAAACUAAACUGUAAUGAGAGGAACUUAUAAUCAGAAAAUAAAAAAUUUAAAAAUAGAAGAAAAUAAAGAAAGUAGCAAAAAGAGUAAGAAAGAUAUAGAAUAGGAGGCUAAAAAGCUUUAUAGCUUUUUUAGCUUUUCUAAAAAUAAAAUUUCAUUUUAAGGUUGGGAUUAUUGCGCUAAUUUCUUUAAAUUUUCAAAAAUUUGCAAAAGGAGAAGAUAUGAACUCCUUUAAAAAGGUGUAGAUAAACUAUAUAAUUAAAUUGACAUUUUUUACCUUGUUUAAAAGCUUUUAGAGGUUGAAAAAUUGAAGCGACUUUUACUUAACGAAAAUUAAAUUAAGUUAUUUGAAUUUAUCCCAAAGCCUGUUCUAACUCUAGAUGAAAAAAAAUCAGAUUAUUUAUAAGAUAAAAUUGGGCUACUUAAUGAUUGUGAAAAAGAUGUAACACAGAAAACAAGUGAAGUCUAAGAUGCUUUCUAAUAAAUAAUAAAUUCAAAAACAAAACCUUCUAAAAUAGACAUAAGGAUUUUAGAACUCCUUGAUCCUCAAUUCAAAUAAUUCCUUUCAGAUUUAGCUAAUUUAUAGGGAGAAUCAACUAAAUUAAGGCAAACUCCUAUAUUAGAUGCAUAAUAAAAGAGUAUUUUUGAAAAGCAAGACUUCAUUUUAGAUGACUUGUAAGUACCAAUUGAGGAAUAUAGCUCACAAUAAAAAUCAUUGUAUUUUAAUGUUACUCCAAGCAAAACACUAGGUAGUAUAUAUUAAAGUUAAAAAAAAGAAGAACUAUCUAACAUGUACCCAUUUUGA